AUGAAAUGUUAUUUAUGGAUAUGUAUACUCCUAUUACUAUAUUCUGAAUGUACUUCAACAUAUUUUACUCAAACAUCGUAUGAAUUAUGGUGUCAAGAGAACGUUGUAUAUUCAUCAAGUUUUGUUUAUCCAUCAUCAAGAAUUGGAAUUCAACGGCAACGACCACAACAACAAGUUCAAUAUUCAAUCGUCGAACAAACAGAUUAUCAGAAAUUAUUUACGGUCAAAUCAAAACGUUUGGGAGAUUUUUAUUUUUUAAUUUUAAAUAUUACUAGACCGCUUGAAAUUAAUCGAGAAUAUCAGCAAAUAUAUACAAUUAAAGUCAGAGCACACAUUACAUUUCUUCCAACGGAUAUAGCAACAGAUGAAGCAGAGAUUCAAAUCCGCAUAGCUGACGCGAAUGAUAACGAUCCCGUAUUUGAUAUCGAUUAUUAUCGGCAAAAUAUUACAUUGAAUACUUCAUCAGAGAAUCAAAAAUCAUUACCUCUUCUAAAAUUUCAUGCGAGUGAUGCUGAUGAAAUUGAAAAUGCACAAAUUUUGUAUGAAAUAAGUGAACGUCUAGAAGAUCUUUCUUUACAUCCUCUAACGGGUGAUCUUUAUCUAUUGAACGAGAAAAUAAAAAAGAAAACAUAUGAAUUUUCGGUGUUAGCCUAUGAUCGAGGACGAAAACGAGAUAAUACAAAUACAAAAACACAAGUAAAAUUAGAAUUUAUUCAACAACAAACAUGGAUAAGAAAUGAAACAAGAGAAAAUGCAACAAUUUUAUAUACAAAUGAAACGAUAUUUUAUGAAGCAAUCAAUGAUCUUAAUGUUUCAGUACAUCAGUAUAAAAAUUGGAAUUAUUUAAAUUCUUAUAGGCCACUGUUGUACGUUGAAGGUCAAACAGUAGAAAAUUCAGAAUUAUUUAUAAUUGAACCAUCAUCGCAUGAUAUUAAAUUUUAUAUUGAAAAUUUAAAUAUUUAUAUAGAUCGACCGACUACUCGUGAUUUAAUAUUAAAAUUAGAAGAUUAUCGUUUAAUUCUAUUGUUAUGUGUUCAAAAUCGUAAUCAAUGUCAAAAAUUCUUUUAUCGUCUAACAUCAUUCAUCGAUCCACCAUCAUUAAAAUUUCUUAUAAAAGAUAAAAUUAUUCUUAAUGAAAAUGUACCAAUUAAUACGUAUGUAACAAAAAUUGAUUUAACAGAAGAUAAUAAUGAGUUUGAAUUUAAAUAUAAACUAAUUGGUGAAGAUGAUUUACAAAUAUCAAAAUUUUAUAUUGAACAAACAACGGGUGUUAUACGAACAGCUGAAUUAUUAGAUGCUGAAAAAUAUCAAUCAUUUCAAUUAGAUAUUCAAAUAGAUUUAAAAUUAAAAUUAAAAAAAUAUUCUAUAAUAAAAACGAUUGAAAUUAUAAUUCAAGAUCAAAAUGAUCAUCGACCAAAAUUUUUAACAACACAAACAAAUAUCAAGUUUGAAGAUAUGUAUCAGUUUAAAGCAGUUGAUGAUGAUAUAAAUAAGGAAACAAAUGGUAGAAUAUCGUACAUGAUUCGAUCAGAUGAAAAAGAUAAUUUUCCAUUUAUCAUUGAUUCGAUGAAUGGCACAUUAACAAUGAUAAAAACACCUAGAAAAGAAGAUUAUUAUUUUGAUGUAGUAGUUUUUGAUUGGGGACAACCGAUUAGUUUAGAAGAUGUUUUAUUAAUUCAUUUACAUGUGGUACAAUAUGAUCGUAGACAACGACGAGAUAUUCAGUCAUCAUUUCGACCAAAAUUAAAAUUAUUUUAUACAAGACGAUGGAAAAAAAAGUAUAGACAAUAUAAUAUUUCAACAAUGAGUUCAAAUAGUUCAGAAUCAUUAAUAAAUUUUAGUACAGUGCCAAUGACGAUUAUGACGUCUACAUCGUCACCGUCCAGUUUAACUACAAUUGAAAUGAAUCUUGGCUUUCACUAUUCAUCAAAUAUCAUCAUCUUUCACAUUGAUGAAAAUUUACCGUUUGAAUCGUUUGUUGGACAUUUGAAUAUUUAUCAUAACACUAACGAACAACUUAUUACUAAUAAUUCGUAUUUAUCAUCAAUAUUCUUCAAUUUACAUUUAUUUUAUUUUGUUAUCGAUUCAAAUGAAAUAAAUUUACCACCAUUUUCAAUUUCGGAUGAUGGUACAAUUUUUAAUAUUGGUAAAAUUGAUCGUGAGCAACGUUCAUUAUAUGAAUUUUAUGUUGAAUUAAAACUAAAACAAAUGUAUACUUUAAAAAUUCAACAGAUAUUGAAUAUGGAAUUGUUUAAUAUUAUUUUUAAAUAUGAAAAAAAAAUUAAAGUUCAAAUUUAUGUUGAAGAUACGAAUGAUAAUUCACCACAGUGUGAUCAUUUACAUUCUAUGAUAAAUGUAGACGAAAAUAAAAUUCAGACAAAUAUUUUCAAAAUGAAUGGCUAUGAUCCGGAUAGAGGCGAAAAUGGUACAAUUAUUUAUUCAUUCUUAUCUAUUUCUAAUAAUUUUAAUAUUAAUAAUCAGACUGGUCAAUUAGAUUUAAUAAAACCAUUUGAUUGGAAACAAAAAGAAUCUUUAAAUUUGAUCUAUAUUAUUUUAUCGGAUCAAGGACAAUCAAUUCAACAACAAACACUAUGCACACUUCAUGUAAAUAUUGUCAGAUCCAAUAAUAAUGUACCACAAUUUGUCUAUCAGAAUAUAUCGUUGACACAUUAUGAAUUUGACGUGUGGGAAGAUAUGCCAAAACAUGCUGUAUUUGGACAAAUCAUUGCUAAUGAUUUGGAUGAUAAUUCCACCUUACUUUACUCUUUAGAACCAAAUCCUUAUGUUUACAUAUCGUCUACACUCGGUUACUUGAAAUUGCAUCGUAAUCUAUAUUUAUCGGUUGAUCAAACGUUUAACAUUAGUUUAACAGUGCAAGAUGAAAGAAGUUUAUCGAAUCGUACCUAUAUUCUUAUUCAUGUUUUAAGAGUCAAUAAAUCAUCAAAUCCUUUGCUAAUCAAUGAACCUGCCUACUCUUUAGUCAUAAACGAAUCGUUACCUGUUGGUUCUGUUAUUACAAAUAUUUUGAAACGAGUACAAAAUGGUGGUAGUGUAACUGUAAAUGUUGAUCAUAUCGAAAUAUUAGAUGAAAAUACGACAAAUACCAAUAAGACAACUAUUAAUAACAAUAACAUGUUUCAAGUGGAUAAACAAGGUAAGAUUGUAUAUUUUUUAAUAGGUUAA